AUGACUCAGCCAUGUGAACAGCAGUGGAUUGAGCAUGCAGCUAUGGGGCGCAUGGGUUUUCAGUGUAAUGGUGCUGGAGGUGGUGUUGCCGAUCCUGACCGACUGGGGUCUCUCGGUCAAAUAGUCCAGGAUCUAGUUACAGAGGGAGGUGUUCAGACACAGCAGGCUCAGCUUUGUUCUCAGUUUCUGUGGGUUAAUGAAGUCUAUGAAAAGCAUGCUUACAUAAUUGUCCUUUUUGUGCAGAGAAAGGUGGAUGGUUACAAGCACUGGAAAGGACAGGUGCUGACUGCUGAUGAGCUACAUGUCCUGUACGAAGGAAUUAAACUCAACAAAGUCAACCAUUAUGACUAUGUGCUUACAGGUUACUCCAGGGAUGUGUCUUUCCUGGAAAUGGUGGUGGACAUCGUUCAGGAGCUGAAGAAUGCUAACCCCAAGCUUGUGUAUGUAUGUGAUCCAGUCAUGGGAGAUAAUAGUGAGUCAAUGUACGUUCCAGAAGCCCUGCUGCCGAUCUACAGGGAAAAGGUGGUGCCCGUGUCAGACAUCAUAACGCCUAACCACUUUGAGGCAGAGCUCCUUACAGGAAGAAAAAUCAGUACAGAAAAAGAUGCAGUGGAGGCAAUGGAUCUGCUGCAUGCUAUGGGUUCUGACACUGUGGUCAUUACCAGCUCAGACCUGCUCUCUCCUCUGGGGGAUCAGUAUUUAGUGGCCCUGGGGAGCCAGAACACAGCAUUUGCUGAUGUAAAUACUGUAUAUUCACUAAGGUUUUGUUUGUAUUUCCACGUUACCAGUGGCUCUGAUGUGUUUGUGGUCACUGGGGAUCUGUUUGCUGCUUUGCUGCUGGCGUGGACACACCACCACCCUAAUGACCUCAAAACAGCCUGUAAGAAGACUGUUUCUGUGAUACAGCAUGUCAUUAAGAGGACUAUCGCCUACGCCAAGGAGGCUGCAGGUCCUAACCGGAGGCCGAGCCCUGCACAGUUGGAGUUGAGGAUAGUGCAGAGUAAAGCAGACAUUGAGGAUCCUACAAUAACCGUUAAUGCUAUUGUGCUCUAGGGUUUCACUUCCAGCCUCCUCUGGGCUGUGGCUGACUCCUGACACACAACAGAUAAUUCACAUUUCAGAAAAAAACAAACACAUUAUUGUGUAGAGUAUGAAAGACACACAUGUAAAAUCAUGGGUCAUCCAAAUACUAACUAAAGCCAUGUUGGUGUUUGUGUUUGACUUCAGUACUGUAUGAGAACGACACUGUUGUUUUUAAUGUUCUAAUAGAAUAAUGUGAGUGAAAGGAAGUGCUGAUCAGGGAUUGCUGUAACCAGUUGGUCAGUUGUAUGCUGCUACAAUGGAGGACUUUAAUUUAAAGGCCACAUUAUUAGGAUGCCACUACAAUAUAUUCAUAACAGUUUCUCAGUUACAGCAACAGACUGUUAAGACCGUUAGACACCACAUCCUUAUCAGGAACAUGGCAUGACACCAAAUCCUAACCUCUGUAUUUCACUUUUACAUUCAUCAUGAAUAGUCUAAUGUUUCACUUAUAAUGUUAGUCUAGUUUCUAGGGAAAUAUUACUUCAAGAGUUAAUUUAUCAAAAUAUUCAGUAGCAAAAGUGGCUUAUGGAAAUUAUGUUUUGGGGAAAAAAAUUAACUGAUUUUUAAUGAGGACCAGCAGUCAGAUGGCCAGUACUGUCUUACAUGUGACAUGUUAAGUGUUGCACUUCUCUUGAGAAAGACUGGUCUUAUGAAAUUUGCUUCAUGAGUUACAAAAUAGUUUUAUACACAAUCUGGUUUCUUGCCUUAUUGUGGCAAAUGUGUUAGUAUGUUCACAAGUUAGUAAUGUUCCAUAAUCAACUUUAGCAUUUAUUUUAACUUUUUAAUGCUAUUAACGAGGCUAUUCAUUUGAUGAUCACAUACAGAGAUUUGUAAUGUACUCAAUGUAAAUGUUGAUGUACAUCGGGACCUGAAAAUGCUGCAAUUUUUAAAAAAGAAGGAUUAAAUGAUCAUUGGUCUUUGUACAAGUAACUGCUGAAUUUAUAAUAUAAAUCAAUCAAUUAACUGUUAAUUGUAAUUAAUUAAGAAAAAAAUAUUAAUGAUUAUUUUUUCUUAGCAAAGACAUUAACUGUCUGCCUUUCAUUUGUGCUGAUUUGCUGAUCCACCAGAUGACUGUAAAGAAAAUAAAGAUUUCAAAUAAAGGUAAUAAGGCACACAGAAUUUGUGUUAUUCCUGUGAGCUGCCACUGUAUCACCUGAUUCACAUGAACAGUUUACUUAUAAGGGUGAAGAAACAAAGUGUUAUACAAAUGUAAAAUAGAUACACUGUAAAAUGCAGCAUUGAAAUAUGAAUAAAAUAUUUUUUGUUAG